AUGAAUGUUCAUCAUUUCAACUUCAAUGAAACAAACAGUACAGGUGCAUCAUCUGGUAUUGGUGAGUCAUGUGCAAAGAUCUUUCAUCAAAAUGGUAAUCAUGUUAUCAUUUUAGGUAGAAGAAUCGACAAGUUAAAUGAAAUAAAGAGAAAUUUGGAGAAUAGUGAAUCAAAGGCAAAGGUUUUCGCAAUGGAGUGUGAUGUAACCUCAAGUGAAUCCAUCAACGAUAUGGUCACAAAACUUCCAACAGAACUUAAGAACAUCGACAUUCUCAUCAACAAUGCCGGUCUAGCUUUAGGUUCAGAACCAGUUUCAAACAUCAGUAAUGAUGAAAUCGAUAGAGUUAUCGAUACCAAUGUCAAAGGAGUAUUCAGAGUUACUCGUAGCUUCUUGCCCGAUAUGAUCAAGCGUAAUACAGGACAUAUCUUUAAUGUCAGUAGUAUUGCAGGUAACCACUGGUACGUCAAUGGAAGUAUCUACUGUGCAUCAAAGGCAGCUGUCAAUGCAUUCUCUGACAUCGUUAGAAAGGAGGUUGUUGCCACCAAGAUUCGUGUCACCAACGUCUGUCCAGGUUUGGUUGAGACCGAAUUCUCUGUCAUCAGAUUCGGUGGUGACGUUGAGAAGGCCAAGAAACCAUAUAUGGGUAUCGACGCAUUGACUCCCGAUGACAUCGCUGACAACAUCUACUACGCUGCAUCGAGACCAGAGCACGUUCAGAUCACCACAAUCGAAACAAUGGCCAAUAAUCAAGCUUCAACUACUGUAAUUCACAGAGUUUAA